UACGUUGUAGACACACGUCGAAGCAACUGAAUAAUAGUGAUCUACUCCAACAACAAUAAUUUAUACCUCCUACAUUAUUUUAAUAGUAACAUAUAUUAAUAUUGUUUAUACAGUUAUUAUAUCUUCUUUUAACUUAGUUCUUAAAUAGUUUUAAACACUUUUAAUAAUGCAGUUUUUCUAUUAUUGUUUGGUGUUCCUCUCGACCGUAUCCGUCGCGGUAUUAUUCGAAGUCAAAAAGAUAUACGUCAUCGAACGCGAUUUCAAGACAGGUGUGCUGAGAGCUCGCCGGCAAAACGUACCGGUACAGUCGCACACCGUGGCCCGGAUCGGAGGCCUGCAAGAACAUCACCAUCACCAGCAAAGUAUGUUCACGGUGGCCGUGUCACCGCCGCCACUGCAAUCGGUGCAGACCGGUGGCCAGAUGCAGCAACCCGCGGACCUGGCGUCCACGGUAGACCUGACGGCCGACAGCCGGGCGCCUAUCGAUUAUCUGACUCCGCCGCCGAACGCCGACUAUCAGCUGCUGCAGAGCUUUCAGCCACCGGCCGGCGGUGAAUCGACACCACUGAACCGGCCAGAGUCGCACGUCCAAAACGUGCAAGCGCCGCAGCCGCCGCCGCUCGUACCGUUAACCGCACCGUCGGCGCCCGUGCCGGUGCACACGUCGCCGUUCACGCCCAGCGUAGGCAUCGGUGGCGGCGGCGGCGGUGGGGGCGGUUUCCACUCGGCCCAGGCUCAACCGCCGCCGCCGCUGACGCCACUGGGUUCGAUCGCGGUUCAGACGUCGUCUCCCAGCAAUCAGGUGCACAGCCUGACGUUCGCCAACCCGCCACUGGAACAGUUCACUCCGUACACGCCGACGCUGCAGGCGAACGACCCCGCGGCCAACCACCAGCAACAGCAACAAAACGGCGGUCGCUGGGAAUUGGGUUUCGACGCGAACGAUAUACUCACGCCCCCGUUCGCCGGCGUCCCGGAACAGCCGUCCGGCGCCAGUAGCCAGACGUUCUUCCAGCAAGAUUUUGGCCAGGAGGCCGCGGGUUCGGUGCGCAACAACAAACAGUACCCACCGAAUCCAAGUGGCGGAUCUCUGUUCUUCGGCGGAGGAGGGUUUGACGGCUCCGCAGCGACCAACACCAAGUUCACGCCGCUAGACGCCGUCAUACGGCCGUCGGCGUCCAACAAAAACGUGUAUUGGGGCACGCCGAAGACCGCUCAACAACAGCCGCUCCGGCCGCCGCCUUCGUUUGCCGAACCAAACGCGUUCCGGUUUAACAGCAACAACAACAACCAUUUGCACCAACUACAGCACCAUAACAGUCAUAACCACCAUCACCAAUACGUGGACCCGUUCCAAAUGCCGUUCACUGGCCAGUUUGACGGGCCGCUGUCGCAGGGCACGGUCGCCGACCACGUGGUUCACAGUUCGUUCAGGAUCAAGCGGCAGCUCCGCGACGCGGCACCGGAGCCGGCCGACAGUUCAGACGCGAUCGACCACAGCGACGGCGACCGUUUCGGCGACCGAAAACCCGUUUACAGUUUCGUUAAGACGGACAAAAGCGGAAAUUUCAAAUGGAGCGUCAGGCACGGGUACUAAUACCCGUGAUGAUUAAAUACCGCCACACUCGCUCAAUCGUUACGAUGAUAUUAUGCACGGGAUGAUCAAUUUAUCAUGACGUAAGGAGCGCUCAUUAUUACAGAAAAACUAACGUUUUUAAAAAUGUUUUAAACAAUAACGAAAAUAUUUCUUUUAUGAAAUUUUAAAUUACUAUAGAAAAACAAAUUACAUUUUUUUAAUGUUAUCAA